AUGCUAUUGUUACAUUUUCUCCUGCUGGUACUGAAUACUAUACACCCAACUUUUCAAGCAACAUAUUCCUGUGAUUCGACUGCUCCAUGCGGAUGCUCAACAAAUUCUGCUACAGUUUCCAGAAUUGUUGGUGGUGAGAAUGCCUCGGAUAGUACAUGGGGGUGGGCUGUAUCUCUUUCGAUUGAUGAUCAGUGGCUGUGUGGUGGUUCGUUAAUAUCAAGUUCUUGGAUUAUCACCGCUGCGCAUUGUAUUUAUGGUAACGAAAAUUCGAGCAUUUUCAUAUCUGCAGCAACAAAUCAGCUGUAUGGUGCUCAACAAUGGAGAUUUUCCUCAUCAGCGAUCAUUCAUCCAGAAUACAAUAACGACAUCAUGGUUAACGAUAUUGCUUUAAUUAAAGUAUCUUCACCAUUUAAUCUGACGGAUUCACACAUAUCGCUUCUCUGUUUACCACCAGUCACAACAAGUGAUUAUCCACCAUCUGGAUCAACGGUUGUUGCUAUUGGAUGGGGUAAAUUGUCUGAAGAAGGUGACGUAUCGGAUAUACUUCAACAAGUAUCCCUGAAACGUAUUCCAUACGAAAGUUCUUCAUGUGUGUCGAUAGUCUCGAAUAAAACAGUGCAGAUUUGUGCGGGUGUUGCAGGUGGUGCAAAAGAUACAUGCAAUGGCGAUUCAGGUGGUCCGCUCAUGUAUUUCACAGCAAGUAAACAAUGGGUAAUCGUUGGUAUAACCUCAUACGGAUACGAAUGUGCCAGCCCAUAUUAUGCCGGUGUUUACACACGCGUAACAUAUUUUCGAAAUUGGAUAUUGUCGAUGACCGGAAACGCAGCGCUGAGUGCUAAUGUACUUACAAGUAUAACUGCAGCAACAGUUACAUCCUAUCAUAAUAUAAACAUCACAAACUCAAUAUCAAUGAUGCGAACACAUUUCUAUGACGUUUUUUUGUAA